AUGAUUGAACAAACAUUUGUCGUCUGGUACGUCUAACCUUGGUCGCCAAUGUGGCUAAAGACAUUUCAAAUGAGAUUAUUUGUGAGGCAAUCAUGAUAUAAGAUAGAAUAAUCGUUUGAGGGACUUUUGAGAGACAUUUGUGUUCCUCGCACUUUGAGAGUAACGAAGUCAUUCUGUUAUCUACACUUUUAACAGUCAUUUAUUUAUCCAGUUGUCUCGUCGAUACGAAUAGCCGGCGCGAUAUAAUGCGAGUGCCGACUAGUAUUGUUAUUUUUACCUUUUCAAUAAUAUUAUCAAUUUGCAUGAACAGCAUUCAGUGUAAGAAAGGGAAAGAAGACAAGGAAGAAGUGAAAUCUCAAACGUUUCCACCUUGCGCAGCAUGUAGGGUACUUACCAACAGUUUCAAAAAGGGUUUAGAAAAAACGAGUCGUGGAAAGUUCGAAGGUGGUGAUAGCGCUUGGGAAGAAGAUAAACUGGGUUCAUACUCCAAAAGCGAGAUACGCUUGAUCGAGAUACAGGAGAACUUGUGCAAAGAAGUUGAGCACGGUGAAACGCAAUGUCAUUCCUUAGCUGAAGAAUUGGAGGCGCCAAUAGAAGAAUGGUGGUUUAAAUAUCAAGACAUUUAUCCAGAUAUAUACGAUUAUAUCUGCAUAGAAAGAACGAAACACUGCUGUCCGAAGGAGCAUUAUGGCUCAGAUUGCAUGCCAUGUCCAGGGUAUCCGGAUAAUGUCUGCAGCAACAACGGCAAAUGCAAAGGAGCUGGCACGAGAAAGGGCAACGGCAGUUGCCUCUGCGACAAAGGAUACGUCGACGAUAUCUGCUCGCAGUGUGCUCCAGGAUACUAUGAGUCUUACAAGAACGAGAAUACCCUGCUGUGUUCUGCAUGCCACAUGGCCUGUGAGGGACCUUGCAAAGACGCCGGGCCAAGCAAUUGCGAGAAGUGUGCGACUGGAUGGUACAUGGUUGAAGGCCAAGGUUGCUUCGACAUCGAUGAGUGUUUGAAGAGCGACAAUGUCUGUGCUAGCAAUCAGUUUUGUGUUAACAAAGAGGGAAGCUACACUUGUUUAGCUUGUGAUAAGGCUUGCGAUGGUUGUAAUGGUGAUGGGCCGGACAUGUGUACUAAAUGUGCUGAGGGAUAUACUGAAAAGGAUAACUUAUGCAUAAAUACAGAUCUCUUUGGUCGCAAGAAACAGGAAAAUUUGGCACGAUAUAUGACGUACGUGGGACUCUGCGUGGCGACCUGUAUCAUUUUACAGCGCAAUAUUUACGCAGCGAGUGUUAUUGGCUUAUUAGUCGCGUUAUAUAUAUCCAUUUCGGAGUAUAUGAUCGCGAAUAGCAACGUCCAGGAUACUACAGCGAAUAUGGACAUUUUAAAAGCAGUUUAAGUAAAAAUCUACAACAAUUUAGAUAAUUCGCCUCGAAUCAUUACAGUUUUGUGUUGUGUUUAUGAGGCAUUAGUGCCAAUUGUAUAAAAUAGGUCAUAUUGAAAUUAAUAUGAAGUUAAUAUCAUGAUAUCACGAAAUUCAAGAAAAUGCAGAAAUUUUAUUUAUUUUUGUGUUGAUAAUGUCGUUUAUCAACAUAUAAGUAAAAAUUAUAUAAAUAAAAAUUUAUAUAAGUAAAAA